CUCCCAGGCUUGACUAUCAUUUCCAAUGCUCUAGUAAAUCAGAUUGGAAAGGUACCUCCGUCUAAUAAUUGACGGCGGUAGGUAGAGAGAGGUCAACUGCCCGGGUCGAUCCACCGCACAAAUCGGGCCAGACAAGUGGAUGGAAGGCUACAGACAGCCGACCCGACAACUAACUCCAGCUGUGGACUCUAGGCCCAUUUUUCAAAAACGGGUGGGCCCCGACACAUUCUCCGGACUCCAAACAUCGUAUGAAAUCCACUUCACAUUUUUCUCCCAUUAUCUUCUCCUCCCUCCCUAACAAAACCGUUCCAAUCUCUCUCGAUUUCUCGAUCCGUCUGCAAAUUCAAUUUCCAGAGAGAGAGAGAGAGAGAGAGAUGAGGGAGAUCAUAAGCCUGCACAUCGGCCAGGCCGGCAUUCAAGUCGGCAAUUCCUGCUGGGAGCUCUAUUGCCUUGAACAUGGAAUUCAGCCCAAUGGCAUGAUGCCUAGUGACACAUCAGUUGGUGUUGCAAAUGAUUCUUUCAACACCUUCUUCAGUGAAACUGGUUCAGGCAAACAUGUUCCUAGAGCUGUGUUUGUUGACCUCGAGCCAACUGUUGUGGAUGAAGUGCGAACUGGGACAUAUAGGCAACUGUUUCAUCCAGAGCAACUUAUUUCUGGUAAGGAGGAUGCUGCCAACAACUUUGCCAGGGGACAUUAUACAGUGGGGAAAGACAUUGUUGAUCUGUGCCUUGAUAGAGUGAGAAAAUUGGCCGACAAUUGCACUGGUUUGCAAGGAUUCUUGGUCUUUAAUGCUGUUGGUGGUGGCACAGGCUCUGGUUUAGGAUCCUUGCUUCUGGAGCGUUUGUCGGUAGAUUAUGGAAAGAAAUCAAAACUUGGAUUUACCAUAUAUCCAUCUCCUCAGGUAUCAACUGCUGUUGUUGAGCCAUACAACAGUGUCUUAUCCACACAUUCCCUCCUAGAACACACAGAUGUUGUUGUGCUUUUGGACAAUGAAGCAAUAUAUGACAUAUGCAGGCGAUCCCUAGACAUUGAGAGGCCAACUUACACAAACCUGAACCGUUUGAUAUCGCAAAUCAUCUCUUCAUUGACAACAUCUUUGAGGUUUGACGGAGCUAUUAAUGUUGACGUCACUGAGUUCCAGACCAACCUUGUACCUUAUCCUCGUAUCCAUUUCAUGCUUUCUUCUUACGCUCCUGUGAUCUCAUCUGCCAAAGCUUAUCACGAACAGUUGUCUGUUCCUGAGAUUACAAAUGCUGUUUUUGAACCAUCAAGCAUGAUGGCCAAGUGUGACCCAAGACACGGGAAAUAUAUGGCUUGUUGUUUGAUGUAUCGUGGAGAUGUUGUUCCAAAGGAUGUCAAUGCUGCUGUUGCUACCAUUAAGACAAAAAGGACCGUUCAGUUUGUUGAUUGGUGCCCUACUGGUUUCAAGUGUGGGAUCAACUAUCAGCCCCCAACAGUGGUGCCCGGAGGUGAUCUUGCACGGGUGCAGCGUGCAGUCUGCAUGAUAAGUAACAACACCGCCGUGGCUGAGGUCUUCUCCCGAAUUGACCACAAAUUUGACCUCAUGUAUAGCAAGCGCGCCUUUGUUCACUGGUAUGUUGGUGAGGGUAUGGAGGAGGGUGAAUUCUCAGAAGCCAGAGAGGAUCUAGCCGCCCUAGAGAAGGACUACGAGGAAGUUGGAGCUGAAGGCUGUGACGAUGAAGAAGAGGAUGGGGAUGAAUACUAAAAUCAGCCCACAAAGUCGAAAACUGAGUGACCUGUGAUUUGUUGGCUUGACAAAAAUAUAUCUUUUCCCUUUUGUGCCCCAUGUCACUAUUCUUAUGCAUGUUGUCUUCUGUGUUCAUGUGUUUUUCCAGUGGUGAUUCUGCAUUUGUCACGUCAUUGUUUAAUUCUAUUCCAUGAGCCAUUACUAUUGUUAAUGUGUAUUCUCUUUUCAUUUGUUUCAAGAAAAGAAAAUGUGUUGAUGUAAAUCAAUCCUUUUGGAAUAAAUAGUCGUGUAAUUU